GUUUGACAUCUACAGGAAGGUGCCAAAAGACCUUACGCAGCCAACCUACACAGGGGCUAUUAUCUCUGUCUGUUGCUGUCUCUUCAUACUGUUUCUCUUCCUGUCUGAGCUCACCGGAUUCAUAGCCACUGAAAUAGUUAAUGAGCUCUACGUGGAUGACCCAGACAAAGACAGCGGAGGUAAAAUAGAAGUCAAUCUGAACAUCAGUUUGCCAAACCUUCAUUGUGAAUUAGUUGGACUAGACAUCCAAGAUGAAAUGGGAAGGCACGAAGUGGGUCAUAUUGACAACUCAAUGAAGAUACCUCUCAGUAAUGGGGAUGGGUGCAGGUUUGAGGGCCAUUUCAGCAUCAACAAGGUCCCUGGUAACUUUCACGUGUCAACGCACAGUGCCACUGCGCAGCCUCAGAAUCCUGACAUGACUCACGUCAUCCACAAGCUUUCAUUUGGGGACAAGUUACAGGUCCAUAACGUUCAUGGAGCGUUCAAUGCCCUGGAGGGAGCAGACAAACUCAGCUCAAAUCCUCUUGCAUCUCACGAUUACAUAUUGAAGAUAGUCCCAACGGUGUAUGAAGAUAUGAGUGGCAAGCAGCGAUACUCAUACCAAUACACCGUAGCAAAUAAGGAGUACGUAGCCUACAGUCACACUGGCCGCAUUAUCCCAGCUAUCUGGUUUCGUUACGAUUUGAGCCCCAUCACGGUGAAAUACACAGAGAGGCGACAGCCUUUGUACAGGUUUAUCACAUCGAUAUGUGCCAUCAUUGGAGGAACAUUUACUGUAGCUGGAAUCCUUGACUCCUGCAUUUUCACAGCAUCAGAGGCCUGGAAGAAGAUCCAGCUGGGGAAAAUGCAGUAGCGGUGAAACUCUACCCUAGUCUCCAAGGACGGAAGCAAAGAUUGAGAAAUCUACCACUACCUGUUUUUGUCUUUAUUUUCUAUUUGAUUGAAUCAGUAAGUUUUUCUCUGAUCGGGCUGCUCAGUGAAGACGUCUUCAACGAAUCAAAGAAAUCUCCCUGCGUUUCAGAGCGCUGCGAGUGAAAAAUCAAUGGAAUCGGAGCGUGGAUUUUAGUUCUCUUCCCCCCAGAAAGAGAGGUUGAAAUACCAUAUAUGAAACGCUGUCCCAUCUAAGUAAGGAUGACAGUUUGUUCUUUGGGAGGUUCCUAUGGCAGUGUACAAAGUAGUAGUAGAUUGCAAAAAGUUGAGCUGUCUUGUGGCACUUUUUGGAAUUCUGUUGGAUUUGCAUGAUUAGACAAUCGACUUCUGUAUAAGGCAAAAUUAUACGUUGGGAAGAAAUUCCACCCGUGGUGCCAAAAAGGUGUGAUGUAUCUGUUGGUGAGGAAUGGAAAGUGUUAGUCCUGGUAGCAAACUUUAGAGACAGAGGGCAGAAAUAACAUAAAGAAAUAUUUUGUGCUUUUAUUGAAAGCUCUUUUGUUCUGAUACGAUCUUUCUAAUGAAAUGAGCAAACAAGAAGAGGAAGCC